UUUCGGUUGUGACUUGUAAAUCGACUAUCGUGUGAGUUGUGACUGCAUUGCAUUGACAUUGGAAUUGGGCUCUGAGAAUUUUUCAUCACUUAGAUCUAAAAUGACUAAUCAAACGAUGGAAGAGCUUUGUGAUGAUUAUUUCGCAUCGAUGAAUCCGAUAGCCAACAAGAUUAUAGAAGAAAAGAGAAAAUGCAAGGAGAAAAACAGGAAGAAUUGGGAGAGAUUGACUCAAGCCGAAAAGGACUGCCUACUCGACGAGUGGUUUAUUGAUCCCGAUUUAAAAAUUCGAUAUGAAAUUCGUCUUCAGGGGCAACUCCCGAGCAAUAAAGAUGCCCCACCAGAAAGUUUUCCGAGGCUGAAUGUUCAAGGAGGAACAAAAACUGUCCAGUAUACCGAGCACGAAGAUGGAUCACAAAGCAAAGGAACUACGAUCACAUGGAAGGAUGAGUUUUCGGGGCCCUUCUUAUGGGAGACUAAGUGUCAGCAAGACCAACCCAUGAUGUCCCCUGGAACCAUCACUGCUCAAUCAACAAGGAAUGGAGGCCUUGAAUACCCAGAGAACAGACACUCAUUCUCCCAAGGUCUUGAUGCCAACGAUGAGAGCCAGCUCAUUGUUAACUCGGCCAAAUCAAAGGGAAAGGAAGGCAAGAGGGCUCCGGACCCGGCAGAGAAACCAGAUAAGACCAAACUGAGCAGGAAAGAUUCCAAGAAAGAAGAGCGUGCCAAGGAGAGGGCAAGGGAGAAGGAAAAUCACAAGCAGGAGUCCCCUGCUGUCUCCAUCGUCCAGCAGCAACCAAAGGUCUGCCAAUCUCCUCUUGCUGAUAUGAAUCAGAUUAUGAUGGACAAGAAUGCAAAGGGACCAAAGAAGGAGAAGUCCGAAAAGGCAAAGUCGCCGAAGGCCCCCAGAGGUCGAGGUUCAGGGAGGGCUUCACCGAAGAGGGAAGGUAAGAAAGACAAGAGCUUCGACUUGGAGGGACUUCUUCCCGCUUCUAACCCAAAGGAGGAUAGGUCUGUAGGAGGGCUCCAUUUCUCACUGUCUGGAAUGGGGACAACCGAAAGUGAUGGAUUGUUAUCAUCGACCUCACCCAACGUAGGCCGCAGCUCUGGUCUUUCUGGAUCAAUGCAGCAUUCGACUGUGCCAUCUCCACCGAUGCAGCAUUCUACUAUGCCAUCUUCACCUACACCAUCUUCACCACCGGCAUCAGCAGCUAGUGCUGAAAGUGAUCAGGCUUCUGCCUCAGAAGGCGGAGGAGGAGCAGCAGCUGGGGAAGAAGAAGGAGCUGCCUUUGAUUUCUUAUUGGCAUGGUAACUACUCAUCUGUCGAACGACCGCUGGGACUUGAUCAACGACGUGGAAUCAAACCAAACAGUAACAACAAUGGCCAUAUACAUGUAAAGCCAUGUCAUGACCUCAGAUACCGUUAUUCAUCCUAUCUCGAGCUUUUUGGCCAUGUUUUGCAAUUUACAUUCAAGCAUCUGAAGUCUUUAUGUGGCAAAAUAUAAACUUGCUAAUAAUUAUUUGACAAAUUUGUUAGAACUCAAAUUCUGACUGAUCAGCCAUGUCUUAAAUUUGGGCCAAAACGUGUAUUAUUUUGUAUUGAGGUUUGGUUUUGCAUGAUGUUAUAUAUAUCUGAAUUCUUGCCAUCCGCAGAUACUCUUCAAGGCAAUUUUCAGCUGAUUAUGUAGAAGAAUAGAAGAGCAUUAUCAAAACAUUAUAUAAUUGUUAUCAUUUGUCAUUUAUCAUUGCACUACAUUUUAGGAGACAUCUUUUUUUGUUCUUUUUUGUUUAAAUCUCUCUUUUGGAGAAAGUAGUCUCCUAUGCAGUCUAUGGGUAGGCAGAAAAACUAGGAUUCAACUUGUACUGCUUUCUCAGUGGUGCUAAGUUGUAGGAAGCCAUUCAAGUUUAAUCAUGGUGCACUCUGGUAAAAGACAUUGGACAAGUAAAUCCUGUUCCCCUAUGAAUCAUUGCAAGUGUUCAUAAUCUGCCGGUAUUGUCCAGAAACCCAAUGGGUGCUAAAUAUUUCAGGAUUAAGGCCGCCUCUCAUGGUACAAGAAAAGAACAUCCUUGAGCUGUAGACUAAAUUGAUCACAAAAUGAGUUUUCUAUCUAUUCUGUCAUUGAAAGAAUGUAAGAUCUGCAUAACCUAGGUUCCAGCAGAACUUUGCAUAUAGCAGGGGGUUUUAGAACAAAGUUUGCUUUGGUUGUGUGAGGCAUUGGGACUAUAAAAACUAAGUAGCUGCAGUCGAGGCUAAUAUGCUAUCUUUAGAAAUUGUUUGGGGGUUUUCAGGGGGAGGGGGGGGGGGGGAUUUUUUUUAUGGAAACCUGACCAGAUGUGCUCAUGAGAGAAGGACUGGAGGGGGGGGGGUUCAUGUAGCAUAAGAGGUUCACCAAAAAAAGUAAGAAAGACUUAUCACUACCAUCAUACAUGGUAUAUUACAAACAAAAAUAUGGCUUCUGCCAGUGGUCAUUUUUGUAAUUGCACUAUGCUCUUCAAUUCGAAAUACAUUGGUCAAAAAUGAAAAGUAAUUAUGAUUUCUGGUUGUAAUGACAAAUAUGAUCUCACAAAAUCAAAGUAAAGUACAUUGAAUGUUCCAGACUACAAAGAAAGAAAUCUGGAAAUUUAUUUUGGUAUAAGAUGUGAUUAAUACGCAAAGACAGAUAACAAACUUAGGCUAGUAGUACCAACUAUGUGUAUGACAUGCAGUCUCUAUUGAGAGAUGUGAGUUAUAUACCCUUUGCAUUGAGUUUGAUAUCAAGCAAUUUCUUUUUUUGUUUAAUAUGUGUAUAGUUUACAGCUUGAUAAACUAUUCAGAUUUGCUUUUAAGUCAUUUUUCUUGAAACGCAAUGCAAUUUCGAGAACUAGAGAUUAUAUUAAUCUCAGGAUUAUCACCAUAUGAGUCAGUUCUUUAUCCAUGUAAUCUGCAAUAUUUAGAUUUGUACACAAUGCCUAUAGUUGACAUACUACCUUUGUUAACAAACGCUGCAAGUAUCUCGAUGUGAAAUAUCAUAAAUGCAUUGCAAAUGGCUGUCAAAGUGUUGAAAGUAGUGUUUUGGCUACAUGUAUUUGUGGAAAAGAAUUCAGUUUCAUGUAUUCGGUGGCAAAAAAAAACGUAUUCUAUUUCUGCCUUGCAUACAUAUAUGCAAGAUAACUAGUGCUAUAUUUCUUUGCUUUGUAAAGCAAUAUAUUCAGGCCUAAUCUGCUACUAAAACCAAGGAGAUGCAUGUAAAUUGUUGCAAUUCAAUACCGUAAGCUGUUUUCAUUAAUAUUUUAUGCAACACUCUAGUUUUGCUACUAGAUACAUAGGUGAUUUCAGAAAAAUUGUGCAUAAAACUUGGUUGGUUUAGUGCAGUAUUUAGAGUGGGUCUGCAAUAUGAUUGUGUCUUAUACUGUACCUUAGUCACACCGACACCAAAUUGACUACAGACGGAACGAAAAUAUUACAUUACAUCUAUGGCUAAGACUCGGUCGGUUUAUAGUCGCUCUAACUGGGGUUUGAGUUUUCGGUUCAUGUUUAAUUGUAUUCAUAUGAAUUGUUCAUACCGGUAUAUAGAUAGGUAUUGUUGCAUGUAGGUCCUUUAUGCUUGUGAUAGCUCAUUCAUCUCCUGCACUCUUUCUAUUUGGCAGCUUGGAAAA